GAGACGCAGAUGAGUCGCCGGCUACGCUCAACACUCGCGUAUAACGAACAGCUGUAGCGUUAGCUAGCUCCAUCAAAAAAAAACAAUGGCUGGGCAGGAGGAUCCAGUUCAAAGGGAAAUUCACCAGGACUGGGCGAAUCGGGAAUACAUCGAAGUGAUUACUAGCAGCAUCAAGAAAAUAGCCGAUUUCCUUAAUUCGUUUGAUAUGUCCUGCAGGUCCCGUUUAGCUACCUUGAAUGAGAAGCUAACUGCCCUAGAGAGGAGGAUUGAGUACAUUGAAGCCAGAGUUACAAAAGGGGAAACGCUCACCUAAACAUCUUGGGGCUGAGGAAAAGAAAAAUGGCGACACUGUGGUUCUCUCCUCCUUCACUCAAGUUGAACAAUUUAUCCAACUGACAGUUUUAGACCAGCCUCUUAAAGACCCAGUUAGGAACUGCUGAAACAGCAACAGACACGCAGUUAAAAAGUGAACAUGGAAAAUGUGCAUAUAAUACAUUUUUCAUAUUGUACAUUUGUCCAAUAGAGCAUUCUUCCUGUUAUGACUUGCUGCCGCAGUCUCUAAUUGGGGCUUUAGUGUGUGGGACCAUUGUGGUUGUCAAUAAACAUUUUUUUUUCUGUGUUCCACA